GAUUUAAAGAAGCAAUGGUAUUAUUUAGUGGAUCUAAAUAUAUUACAAUAUCACUUAUAUUUUCUACUAUAUCUCAAUUUAUAUAUGAAACUCAACCAAAUAAUAAAUUCUUAAUUACUGAAAUUGAAGGUGAAUUAGAUAAUGAUGAUGAAAAUAUAAAAAAGAUUAUAAAAGAUAAUGAGGAUUUUAUUGAAAUUUCUAAUGAAAAUAGUAAAAAUAAAAAUAAAAUGGAUAUUUUUAAUUCUAUAGACUUUCAAACCUGUGUAUUAGAUCUGCAAUUUAAAAAUUUACGAUUUAUAAUUGAGUUAACAAAGAAUAUUGUGUAUAAAGAACUUCGUGAUAUUUUUAAAGAUGAAGAAGAGGCUAUAAAAGAAAAUCAUGAGGAUAAUGAACUAUUUUUACCUUUAAUAUCGCGAUCUACACCUAAAACUUACUCUGAUUUAAAAACAAUUGAAGGUAGUGAAAAUAAUGAUGAAAAAGAAAAUCAAUUUUAA